UUUGUGGUUAACUUGUGCGUAUGUAACUAAGUGCAGUUUGAAGGAGGUCUUCUUUGACAGCUGUGUUGAUGAGCAGUAGUUCUCUUCUUUCUAGAGAGCACAAGUGGUGCCAAGUGUUCAGUCGUUUACUAAUCAAAGCAUAAUACCACUGAGUUUCGGUGAUUUGAAAAAUUGCAGUUAUUCUUGCAAAAUUAAGCUCCAGAUAUGUCUGUUACUUCGCUCAACACAAGUCGUCGUCUGCUUGGCAACUCGAUCAGAAAUAUCAGCGCGAACGUUGGUAAGGGCGGCCAGUACUACGGCGUAUUUUGUAGUGUAAGGUGUGUGUCGACGUCAGCCGUCAUGGAUAACCGCGUUUUAACUCUUGAUAAUAUGAAUCCUUACGUUAAAAAAAUGGAAUAUGCAGUGCGUGGUCCAUUGGUCAUCCGCGCAACUGCUCUUGAGAAGGAAUUGCAAGCGGGCGCUCAGAAGCCGUUCAAGGAGGUCACCAAAGCCAACAUCGGCGACGCGCACGCAAUGGGCCAGAAACCCAUCACCUUCCUGCGCCAGGUAGUGUCCGUAUGCCUGUUCCCACAACUGUUCGCGGACUCGAACAUCCCUGAAGACGCCAAGGCUCGAGCUCGCCUCGUGCUGGACGGUUGCAAGGGCGGAUCCUUGGGAUCCUACAGCGACUCCGCCGGGAUAGAGAUCAUCCGUCACCACGUGGCCGACUACAUCACGCGGCGCGACGGUGGCAUCAAGUCCUCAUGGGAGGACAUUGUCCUCUGUGCGGGGGCCUCCGAGGGCAUCAAGGGUUUGCUGCAAGUGAUGACGAACCACACGGACGGGCAGCGCAUAGGAGUGAUGGUUCCCAUCCCGCAGUACCCGCUCUACUCAGCCACCCUCGCAGAGUUCGAUCUUGAGCAGGUUAGCUACUACCUGGACGAGUCCGCUAACUGGGCCCUGGACGUGGAGGAGCUGGAACGCUCCAUCGCUGAGGCCAAGACCCGCUGCAGCCCCCGGGCCCUGGUGGUGAUCAACCCCGGCAACCCUACGGGGCAGGUCCUGUCCCGCCCCAACAUCGAGGCCAUCAUCAAGUUCGCACAGCGACAUCACCUCUUCCUCAUCGCUGACGAGGUGUACCAACACAACGUUUAUGCCGAUGGCUGCGCCUUCCACUCCUUCAAGAAGGUCAUGUCUGAGAUGGGCGCUCCCUACGCGAACAUGGAGCUUGCGUCCUACAUGUCCAUCAGCAAGGGCUUCAUGGGAGAGUGCGGGCUGCGAGGCGGCUAUGCAGAGCUUGUGAACGUCGACCCUGCCGUCAAGGCCAUGUUCUUGAAGAUGAUCUCAGCCAAGCUCUGCCCCACCACCCUCGGUCAGGCUGUGGUAGAGUGCGUGGUCAACCCUCCCGUGGCAGGAGACCCCUCCUACGAGUCUUUCGAGGCGGAGAAGGGAGAGGUCCUUCGAUCCUUGGCGCAGCGCGCCAAACUGGUGGCCGAGACGUUCAACACCGUGCCGGGCAUGAGCUGCAACGUCGUGCAGGGAGCCAUGUACGCCUUCCCUCAGAUAUCCAUGCCUCCGAAGGCGCUUGAGGCAGCGGCAGCGGCGGGUCAGAAGCCCGACGUGUUCUACGCAUUCCAGCUCCUCGAGAACACCGGCAUCUGCGUCGUCCCUGGGUCGGGUUUCGGCCAGCGCCCCGGCACGCAUCACUUCAGGACGACCAUCUUGCCCCAGCCUGACCAGCUGGCCACGAUGCUACAGAAGUUCCGCGUCUUCCACGAAGAGUUCCUCAAGAAAUAUUCCUAAGCCAGACAUGGAGCAGCUUUCAAGUUUCCCGAUUUGAAUCCUGUUGACAAAUGUAUUUUCGUGUCUCGCCAUUUUGUUGCGUGCGAGAUUUUGUUAUGGCUUCGUCGCUCUAAAUUUAUAGUGCAUGCCUGUCGUUUGUUCGUGACUAGCGAUGUAUUACAAGCAAUAUGUGCCUUUAGAUGAACAGAGCAAAUAAUUAUUUUAUGUUAAAUAAUGUAUUAUCGAGAGAAUCGUUCUCGAACUGUGAGAUAAAACAUCGAACUUGUAACCCCGUAGCACGUGUAAACUAUCAAGCUCAAUUAUAAAAUCAUGAGGUUAAACGCGCCGUUUGGGUUGCUUCCUGAUGGCCAAUCUCUUGAAUUAUCAACAAUUAUCAAUCAAUUCAGGAAGUUGAUUCGGUUACGUCAUAAUGGCUUUGUGGACGUACUGACCGUACUUUGAGGACUGUCACUGGUGUGGGUGAAAAUUUUGAAAAUUGUUUAAUUAUGAAUAAUGGAAACCAAAAAUAUAAAUGAAUUCACGUGUGAUUACCACCUGACUAUCAACGUAAACAAGCAUGUUCCUGUCAAUAACAGGCUGACGACUGUUGUUCGCAGUAUAUCGGGGCUAAGACUCGAUGUUUUGAAGGCUAGAUUGAUUGACCUUACGAUGGUCGUCUCAUCGGCACCAAGAUUCGCAUCGCGCUACACUGCAAUGUAUUUGUUGUCAUGUUUCCGGAGAGUUCGCUCGAAAUAUCGUAAAAGUGUUUCAAGUAUUAAGUAGAUAAAAUACAUGUUACCAUGACUGGCUGAUGUCGACAACCGCUUGUCUCAAAUUAGGGCUUGACGCGGCGGUGUUCGGAGUUACAAACUUGCGUGUGAACAACCACACCGCGGUUGUGAUCAAGCUUAACCCACAACGCAUCUGUGAUAUGCACUUCUUCCAUGUAGGUGUCAGGAGCCAUCAUUUGUGUCAUGUAUCCCUCCCCUAAUUGUGGAUUGUUGUUCGUUUACCUGUUCAGUCGUCUACUACCUGACGGCAUUGUGAGUAAACUGAUUCUGUAGAAUUGAGUAGGUUAUAAAUAAAUGUUGAAUAACAUAGGUACGUUAGAGCCGCACAAUUCUACUGCAUUUAGAAGUUUAGUAGUCCACGUUGAGCAAUAAACUAGACAUUUUCAUGACUUAGAUUUGAAAUAUUUUAGAUACUGAUUUAAGAAAACUUGAGUCUGAAACUCCAAGUUGCAACGGGAGCGAUCUUGAGUUGCUGGCAUCCUAAGUUACCUAACCGUAUCAGUUGCGAGCCAACGCUGACAGAGGUGAGGUGUGACGUUGCUGGGUGCUCAUGUCUCGCCCAUGCAAUGCCAAGUUGAAUGGUAGCGAUUUUAGGCCGAGUAGCAAGAACGGAAUGCCUGUCGGAGACCACCACUGCCCUGCUGUGAAGUUUUGAACUGACUGUCAUGAUCUUGUCCCUCGUAUCCUCCAGCACUUCUGGACUGUAAGAUUAUCAGCCGCCAGACAGAUCACAUCCGUUGAAGUAGAGCAAUCAGCCCGCAGGAAAACAGCCUGCUAUAGUGUGGCCCAGCAUAGUCUGCCAAUGCGCGAGAAAAUUCUGCACCACUCGCACAGAGCUCGCCGGAGCCUUGCAGUAAAGAUGACGUCCGUAUCUCGCCCGUGCAUUAAAUCGGCUUACGGUCGAACGGUUCAAUCGCCAAAGGACGAUAAAUUUUGGAACAAAACUUUGCCAGCCGAAACUGAACCUCAGUGGCUGUGAACGAAAAAUUAAGUCAUUGGCAUCCAUUUUAACUAUGCUCGGAAGUCAUUCGACCAGCGGCAUGGUGGUGCAUGGCAGAUUUCACACAGUUCCCCCGACGAGCUAGGCUGAUUGGUGGCAGUACAUUGUUCUCUGGUUACAGUUCGAGCCAAAGUCAGGGUAUGACGUAAUGUUUCGAUGCAACGUUCAGUGGUGGACGAUCAUUAUACUCUGGGCUAUUCGCUCUCGUGUAUGAUGGUGUAAAGCCCAUAAUAUUUAAAACAAGAUGAUGUGACAGGCUGGUUACUGACUGCAGGAUUAAUACGCGGCGGAUUGGUGGCUUUAUGGAAAUAACCUAUAGGCGUUCAAUUCAGGGCUGAUUGUGCUCAAAAUUUGUGGUGCACGGCUUUGCUCUCACACGAACACUGUAGUAGACUACCUGGUCCGUACCAACGGAUGCAUUAUAAAGUGCCUACUUUGAGCCCAGGGGAAAAUAUUUUCAUUGCUUGCUUGUAGGAAACUCAGGGCACUUGCUCCCAUAUUCAUUCAUGGUUAACAAGAGCUGUCUACGGUGAAACGUGCAAGAAACACGCUGAAAAACUCCUAUUUUUCUAAUUCACUACGUUGUAGCUGGCUAAAUGUGUGCAACACUUCGUCAAGCUUGUCGCUCUCUUUCUUUUAUUCAAGAUUUUUACGUUGAAGAUAAACCCAAAUCCUCUUGGUCUAUACAACUGUGACUUAUUUGUUGUCUUUCUGCUCAAAUAUUCUUUGUUAUUGAUGACGUUUAAUUGAAGAGAAUAAUUGCUGCUAUUUGAUUUUUUGUUCAACUUGAAGGUGUGGAAUAAUUGUGAGUAGCAUAAGAUAUAAGUGUGUAAAUAAUGUUCAUGAUGCACACGCCAUCUUCGGGAUGGAUUGGGACAAAUAAAAUGUCAACAUAUC